GAUUCCAAAAGAGGAGAGGAGAGAGGAGAUAGGGAGAGAGUGGGGCGCUGUGUGAGUUUGUAAACAUUCUACUACUGUCCGGACAACAAUCCAGGUGUAACCCAGACCAAAACCGGGGAGAGGCGCCCUACGCGCGACCGGAUAGGACUGUGCAGCCACGGCUAUCAAUAACCAAACUUGCAGGAUCUGAGAACUCAGUUACCCUGCAAACUCUCCGCUAAAAUGGGGGACGACCGACCCUUCGUUUGCAGCGCCCCGGGGUGCGGGCAGAGGUUCACUAAUGAGGAUCACUUGGCUGUACAUAAGCACAAGCAUGAAAUGACACUGAAGUUUGGACCAGCCAGAACGGACUCUGUCAUCAUCGCAGACCAGACGCCGACGCCGACCCGCUUCCUGAAGAACUGCGAGGAGGUGGGGCUGUUCAGCGAGCUGGCCAGCUCCUUCGAGCAGGAGUUCCGCAAGGCCCAGGAGGACGACGACAAGAGGGCCAAGAACCCUCUUCCUGCCUCCCCUCACGGUGGGGCCCUCGACAUGACCCUACAGACCCCUUCAGAUGUGAAAGUGAAGGAGGAGGAGCCAGUGGAGGUUGACUCCUCCCCCCCAGGAAGCCCAGACUCCAUCUCCAGCAGAUCUGACAGCAGCUCAGAAGCAAAGUGCCGGAGCCCUCCGAGACCCGCGGUGAGCGCGGCUCCCACCCCCACCAUCGUCCGGCCCGGCUCCCUGCCCAUCCACCUGGGCUACGACGCCCUGCACCCCACCAUGCCCUCCCCCACGUCCGUCAUCACCCAGGCCCCGCCCUCCAACCGCCAUCUGGGCUCUCCCACCGGCCCCUACCCAAUGAUAAUGCAUUUGCCCAAUGGGCAGGCGGUACCAGUUCUUCCAGGUCCGGUUCAGAUGCCCUCUGUUAUAUCGCUGGCCCGGGCCAUGCCCACGGUACCCAACGUUCCCGGAAUCCCCGGCCCCCCUCUGGGAGGGAGCGGCAGCGGCUCCUCCUCCCCCUCCGGGUUCAUCCCCCACUCCGAGGCCAAGAUGAGGCUGAAGGCGGCGCUGUCCCAGCAGACACCUGCGGGGCACAGCUACGGGGGCAUGGCCACGGUGUCCAGUCCCAUGGUGCCUCAGAGACAGGAGCAGAGCCAGCUGCUGGUGCAGCACCCUGACGCCCCGUCACCCGCCCAGCCUCAGGUGUCCCCGGCCCAGCCCACGGGCGGGCGCAGGCGGAGGACGGCCGAGGACGAUCCGGACGAGCGGAGACAGCGCUUCCUGGAGAGGAACCGCGCGGCGGCCUCCCGCUGCCGGCAGAAACGCAAGAUCUGGGUCAACUCCCUGGAGAAGAAGGCCGAGGAGCUGACCUCCAUGAACGUCUCGCUGUCUAACGAAGUGUCCCUGUUGAGGAAUGAGGUGGCCCAUCUGAAGCAGCUGCUGCUGGCCCAUAAGGACUGUCCCGUCACCACCCUGCAGAAGAACAGUGUGUACCUGGGGGAGGAGACCCUGAAGCAGCUGUCGGAGCCCACGGGCUCCCCGGCCCAGGUCAUCCAGCACAGCGGCAGCCCCUCGGCCGGGCCCAACGGGCUGAGCUCGCGCGCCGCCGCCGAGGCCGUCGCCAUGUCCGUGCUGGCGGGGAUGGGCGGGCCGCAGGGGGGCGGGGCCGGGGGCGGGGCCUCCUCCCACGUCAUCAUGGCCACGCAGUCCCAGCCCUCUGCCAGAUGAUGAGCGGGCGUGGCCCUGGACUCUGCGUGCAGAGGGGUGGGAAGGAACGAAGGAGGGGGGGUCACACUAACACCCCCCCCCCCCCAAAAGCCCCUUUCUUUCUCUCUUUUUCUCUCUCUCUGUCUCUCUGGAGCUCAGUGGGACUUGUGCUGGGACUCAUGGAGAGCUUCUUACCCACAAGGCCAUGGACUACAGGGGCUGGACUCCGCCUACCUUCCUGCCCCACCCCUACCCUGACCCCACCUUUUAAACUACCCCCAAGCUCACUGGACUAUAGUACUGCAAGACUUUGUUCUGAGUGCACUCGUAUUGUCAGCACCACACACACACACACACACACACACACACACACACUGUCACGUCUCGCUUUCUCAGGCGUCAGUGUAUUUCUGUGCUUUUAUUGUUGAAUUGCUUUUUAAAAUAACUUUUAAGGUCCCCUUGUUCCCAAGUGAGAGGUGCCAUCUUGUAAAAUUAACUUCAUUAGAGUUUCACAAAAUGGUUGACCUCAUUUAUACCGUUGUGUACACAUUAGUUCUGUAGUUAUGUAUAUGCUGUUCUGUAUAACAGUUACAUAUGCGUGAGAGUAUGAACAUGCAGUACAUGCAGUAUAGCGCUGGUGUCUGAUAUACACUAACGCCUGGGCUUGUUACCAUGGAGCAUCUUAUUCUGUCUGCCUGCCCUGAACAAAUGGUCUUAUUUCAUUGGGCGGAUAGUGUCAGACCCACCCCCAAAGUGCUAGAUCGGCUGUUGUUAUUGGCUGUGACUGAAAUGGUCUUAUUUCAUUGGGCGGAUAGUGUCAGACCCGCCCCCAAAGUGCUAGAUCGGCUGUUGUUAUUGGCUGUGACUGAAAUUGAGAUUGGCUGAGAGUCGUGCUUUUCUGGAACGGCUACCUGCAGCACCUGCGGCUGUGUUUAAGUAUAGAGUCCACGCCCUGUGGAAUGGGCCUCGAACCCUUGAUAGUGUGACUGCUUCCCUCUUAAAGCCACACACACGCUCC